AUGGAGAUUCUAACAAAUGUAAUAACAGAAAUUUUUAAAAUGUUUUAUUUUACAUUUUGGACAGUGUAUACAUUUAUUGGAUCUUUAAUUCAUAAAAUAUUUAAAAUUAGUGAUUGUAGUAUGCCAAUUUACAUCUUUAAGAACAAAAAUAUAUAUGUUUUUAUUAUUGUAAGUUUAUGUAUGCCUUUAGGAUUAUUUGCAACAAAUUAUUAUUUUAGAGACAUUGCCAUAUUAAUACCAGGUGGUUUGUUACUUUAUGAAUUUUUUAUCACUAUAACUUUUAUUCGUUGUGAUUUUAUAAAGAAAGGCGGAAUUAAUAAAGAAAAAACAAUAAGAUUUAUUGAUUUUGUUAUUUGUAAAAAUGAAGAUGUUUUUACAAAUUUAAAAGUAGAAGAUAACGUAAAAUGGGUUAAUUUUACUGAAUGUCUGUAUUAUGUUAUUAUCUUUGGAUUAUUUAAUCUUUUUAUGAGUAAUGAUAGAAUAUUAGUGAUUUUACUUUUAGCGCUGAUUAGUCUCAAAACAAGUUUAAAGUAUUUAAAAGAUUCUAAAAGUCUGAUUUUUCGUUUAUCAAAAGAAGAUGGAUAUUAUCUUAUUGUAUGUGGAAUAUUAUUUAUUUUGUCUAGCUUUUACAAAUUUAUUCGAGACAUUCUGGUUCAUAUUAUUACAGCAGUAUUUUACACCUUUAUUUCAAGUAUGAUUAUUUUUUAUAUAAAAUAUGAAACAAAGGAGAAAAAUAUAAUAGAAGAAAUGAUAAAGAAAGGUUCUUUUGAGGUUUCGAAUUUUGAAUUACAGAAAAUUCUUUUAGGUUUAUUUAUUUGUUAUUUUGUUACUUCGCUUUUAACAUGGAGAUUAUUUUGGAAAAAGAGACAUAUAAUAAUUAAUAAAUAA